AUGACAGGCUCUGACGUAGCRCGUGACGUCGCUGCGCCUCCUUCCUAUCUCCUCCCUUUGUGCGGCUGACAGGCUCUUUCUCGGCUUGGACUGGAACACACAGAGACAAUGGCUGUACCUCCCACCUACGCUGACCUUGGAAAAUCAGCCAGGGAUGUUUUUACAAAGGGAUACGGCUUCGGCCUCAUUAAACUGGACUUGAAGACAAAGUCUGAUAAUGGACUGGAGUUCACCAGCACGUGCUCCGGCAACACGGAGACCAGCAAAGUUGCCGGGUCGUUGGAGACCAAAUACAAGUGGGCGGAGCGCGGCCUGACCUUCACAGAGAAGUGGAACACCGACAACACGCUGGGGACCGAGAUCACCGUGGAGGACCAGUUAAUUAAAGGGCUGAAGCUUACUUUUGAUUCCUCCUUCUCUCCAAACACUGGCAAGAAAGGCGGGAAGCUCAAGACGGCCUACAAGUGCGACCACGUCAACCUGGGCUGCGACGUCAACUACGACAUCAACGGCACGGCCAUUCACGGCGCCGCAGUGGUGGGGUUCGAGGGCUGGUUGGCUGGAUACCAGACGACCUUCGAGGCCGGCCGGAACAAGGUCACUCAGAGCAACUUUGCUGUGGGAUACAAGACCGAUGAGUUCCAGCUCCAUACGAAUGUCAACGAUGGCACCGAGUUUGGCGGGUCGAUCUACCAGAAGGUGAACAGCAAGCUGGAGACGGCCGUCAACUUGGCCUGGACUGCAGGAAACAGCAACACCCGCUUUGGCAUCGCCGCCAAGUAUCAGAUCGAUUCUGACGCAUCUUUCUCCGCGAAGGUGAACAACUCCAGCCUUAUUGGACUGGGCUACACUCAGAAUAUUAAGCCAGGUGUGAAGUUGACACUUUCUGCUCUCCUGGAUGGUAAAAACAUCAACUCGGGCGGCCACAAGCUGGGUGUGGGUCUGGAGUUCCAGGCGUAGGCGGAAAAGACGGCAACUUUUCCCCACACACUUAUUCCUCACCCACGAAUAUCUCGAACCCUCUGAGUAGCCCAGCCCCUCGUCUCCCCUUGAAAUGUUACAGGUGGAAGUAAGUGAAGGUGAAACAAAUCCAGUUGUAAAGGACCGUAUUUAUGUUCAAAAGCCCAGUUUAGAACAAAGCUGUGAGAACCGAAUGCUUCAGUACAUCAAGUCAGUUUCAUGCUUUUGUUACUUUUUAAUCAAUUGAAAAAGGGAAAAGCCCCACAACACAAUUAGCAUGCAAUUCUACUGUUACUGCUCCAGGUGGCGCUGUUACUUAGCUGUAGAAAGCACUUCUCACUCAGAAGACCUGGUGGUCAUGAAACGUUUCCUUCAGACAUUUCCGCACUGAGAGUUCCUGUCCGUCUUUGGUGAAUUAACAGCGCGAGGGGUUAGCUCUGAGCGACACUACGUCCCAACGCGUACAUUAUUCAGUGUUUUUGUCUCACCUGUCUUUUGUGUCUGUGCUUUUGGUGUUUUUUUUUGGUUACAUAUAGCAACAGAGAAUACUAUUUUAUUGAGGGUGUUGCCUAGUUUUAGAUCCACUCGAAGUCUUAAGAAGGCAAAGACGCGUCAGCCCUCACAGGUAAACUGUCAAGCACAUAACUGGAUGGAGGAUGAAAAGACGGGAUUAGAAACACUCCACGGGAUGGUUUUGUCUUCCACGACGGGUUAUUGGAUUGAUGGUUAUUGUACUUGACAGUUUUGUCAUUUCCUGGUCUAAAUAAAGAACAUCUUGAACCAA